AUGUCAGGAGCAGGUAAUCGUGAACAAGUGUUCCCAACUCGUAUGACUUUGGGAGUCAUGAAAAGUAAAUUGAAAGGAGCCCAACAAGGUCAUUCACUUUUGAAAAGAAAAUCUGAAGCAUUGACGAAAAGAUUUAGAGAUAUAACUCAAAGAAUUGAUGAUGCUAAAAGAAAAAUGGGUCGAGUUAUGCAAACAGCGGCAUUUUCAUUAGCUGAAGUUCAAUAUGCCACUGGGGAUAAUAUUUCUUAUCAAGUUCAAGAAUCAGUACAAAAAGCUCGAUUCACCGUUAAGGCAAAACAAGAAAAUGUCUCCGGGGUGUUUUUACCUACAUUUGAUAGUCAUAUUAAUGAAGAUGUUAAUGAUUUUAAAUUAACUGCUUUAGCAAGAGGUGGUCAACAAGUUCAAAAAGCUAAAUUAAUUUAUUCCAAAGCAGUGGAAACUUUGGUUGAAUUGGCUUCAUUACAAACAGCAUUUAUAAUCUUGGAUGAAGUUAUUAAAAUCACUAAUAGAAGAGUUAAUGCCAUUGAACAUGUUAUUAUCCCAAGAACAGAAAAUACAAUUGCUUAUAUAAAUGGAGAAUUGGAUGAAAUGGAUCGUGAAGAAUUUUAUCGUUUGAAAAAAGUUCAAGAGAAGAAACAAGAAGCUGCUGCUGCUGCAGAACAAGAAGAAGCCCUUGCUAAAGCUAAAGCUGAAGGUGCCACUGAUGAGCUAGCAAUUCAACAAGAAGUUGAAGCAUUGGAUAUUAAAGCAGAUAAUGAAGAACUUGAUAUUCUUCAAGAAAAAGAGGACGAUGUUAUAUUCUAG